CUGUAAUAAACCUGCUUUUUAAACAUCUUUUACAUAAAUUAGUCCCACUUGCUCACUGUCCCUCAUCUUGAAGAAUUCAUUAAUGAAUAAUUCUGUACGGUCCUUAAUGUAAUAAUUUCAGUUCCUGUACACUGACAUUCUCUGCAACUAAAUGAGAUCCCAGUGACAUCCAGUGCAGCUUUUGUAGCCCACAUAUCAGUGACCACAGGGCCUCAUGAGCUCGUCCAUUCUGUCCUGUUACGUAACAUGCUUAAAGGGUCACACAUAUCUUAACGCCCCAUGACAUCUUCCCAGUGUCUGACAUCACUGUGUGGGCUCUGAGAGUUUGAGAUUUCUCAAAAUCAGAUCACAAACAGUUAUUUUUCUAUGUGAUGUUAUAUUCACAUUAUUCACACUUUGUGUGUUUCAUUAUAUAGUGUGUAUACAGAAGCAUUAACCCCCCAUUUAGCUGACUUUCAAAUUAGUUCCCUUCAAAAUGAAGUGAUUUUAUAGCCUUGUCCAUACUCUUAUCUCCAUGGCCAAGUUUCUUUCUCUUUCACCCUCUUGGCUUUGUGAAACACUCAUUAUCAUACAUCAUCUAUAAGAUUAGAUUAAUGCAGAUUUGUGGAGAAAUUAUCAUAUUUAAUUUGUCGUAACACAGACACAGACUUUUGGCCAUGACUGUAUCAGCAGGUUAGAGAAACAUUCGGCCUACAUGGAUGCACCUGCUUCAAUUGCCCCAUGUUUGCAUUUCAGAAUCCAUAUGAAGCCGUCUGCCUUGACGUAAUGUCUCUCUGUAGGUUGAAUGUACUAAAGAGACAGGAUGUUUCCCGGUGUGUGGAAUGAAGACAUUCCUGCCCUGUCGUUGAAAUCCUAGCUGUCUUGAUUCUAAGCGCAUUCAUCCAGACAUUAAUGUUCUCUUAUCUGCGGCGUCCAUUUGUUGGUGUGACGCCAGCCAAACUCCUGAACGGAGAGAAGCAGGCAUGCAGGGUGUGUGUGUGUGUGUGUGAGUAUGGAUUCGGACUUUGGCCCUGGAAGGGGUGAGUGUAUUUAUUGGCAGUUGGUAGAGCAGAAUCAUGAAUCGUGAUCUGACUGAUGAAUGAUUCAAAGCUUGCCGUGGUCCAGCGCCAUGGUAGACAUGCCGAGCCUGUACAGUCCCUCGUCCCCGCAGGGCGACCCUAUUCUGGACAGCCCUCUGUGUGGAGAGCUCAUUGGUGACAUGGAGGUGCUGGAAGACAUAUCUCAGUCUCUCAGCGAUGAUACCUUCAACUCCUUUCACGUACUGGACUACCAGAGCAGCAACACUGCAGCAGACAGCUCAGCUGUCUUAGAUGUCUUAACACUGGCAUCGAGUCCGUUCUCAGAAGUGUUUGCAUCCAGCACGGUUCAGGACGAGAACUCCUCUGGUUCUCUGGCCCUCGAGUGCCGUGUCUGCGCAGACCGGGCCUCAGGUUUCCACUAUGGAGUGCACGCCUGCGAAGGGUGCAAGGGGUUCUUCAGGAGAACCAUUCGACUCAAACUGGAGUACGACAAGUGCGAACGCAACUGCAAGAUCCAGAAAAAGAACCGAAAUAAAUGCCAAUACUGCCGUUUCCACAAGUGUCUUGCAGUGGGUAUGUCCCACAACGCUAUCCGUUUUGGGCGGAUACCCCAAUCUGAAAAGCAGAGGCUGAAAGCAGAACAGGACGUCAGUGUAAAAGAUGAGCAGGAGUCCCAGCAGCCGGACACAAAGAGUCUGGCCAAGCAGAUGCAUGAAGCCUACCUCAAACACUUCCACAUGAACAAAGCCAAAGCACGUGUGUUUCUCACGGGCAAGACCAGCACUCCGCCCUUCGUCAUCCACGACAUGGACACUCUCCAGCACGCCGAGCAGAAACUUCUCACCCAGCUGCUGGGCAACGUGGCAUCCGGAGACGUCUCUACUCUGCGGGAGAGGGAAGUGGAGGCCCGGCUCUUCCUGUUCUGUCAGUACGCCUCAGUGGCGACGGUCACAGAGCUGACGGAGUUCGCCAAGGCCGUGCCUGGCUUCGCCGCCCUUGACCUCAACGACCAGGUGACUCUGCUGAAGUACGGCGUGUACGAGGCGCUCUUCGCGCUGCUGGCCUCCUGCAUGAACAAAGACGGGCUGCUGGUGGCUCGCGGCGGAGGCUUCAUCACUCGAGAAUUUCUAAAGAGCCUGCGUAAGCCCUUCAGCGACAUGAUGGAGCCGAAAUUUCAGUUCGCCAUGAGGUUCAACGCCCUAGAGCUGGACGACAGCGACCUGGCACUGUUCGUGGCUGCCAUCAUCUGCUGCGGAGAUCGUCCGGGGCUGAGCGACGUGUCGCAGAUCGAGCGCAUCCAGGAGAGCAUCAUCCAUGCCCUAAGGCUCCACCUGUUGUCCAACCACCCCGACAACACCUUAGUCUUUCCCAAGCUGCUGCAGAAACUGGCCGACCUGCGGCAGCUGGUGACGGAGCACGCGGAGCUGGUCCAGGACAUCAACAAGACAGAAGAUGCUUCACUCCACCCACUUCUGCAGGAGAUCUACAGAGACAUGUACUGAGCUCAGAGCCAUCGUCCUUCUCGGGGAGCACCGAAACAUGACAGAUCACCCUGCACUGGGGGUGGGAGAUAAGGGGAUGCUCAGCGCAGAAACAUCUUUGGGUUGUGCGCUUACUAUUGGAUAAAGCACUGCCAGGACAUUACAGGGAAAAUCUAGCGUAAUUCUAGGCUGAAAAUAUAACACUAACCUUUAUGAGGUCAAUGCCUAUAGUCCCAUAGAAAAGUGGAAUAGAUGCUUUUGUAAAUUUGCCAAAAAGUGGAUUUCAACUAUAAGUGCAGUGAGCGAAAAACA